UGAGUAAACCAUGUGAUCAUGUAUUUCGGUCCUCAUAUAUAAACAAUUGCCACAACAUACCCUUUGUGGUGUUCACAAGUCUACUACGUUAACAAGUAUAUCGCGGUCCAGAGUACGAAUCCCAGUAGAGCUAAGCAAGCAAAAGCCUCGGCGCUACUAGCAAUGCUCCUCCUAAACGGAGGCAAUCUGUAACAGCAAAUAAACCGCUGAAAUUAUCUUAUCUCUUAUCUAAUAGCAGCAGCUUAACCGUCGGUCGGAUGGAGGAGCCCCACUGGGCAAUCUAAAGCUGCAGAGAGGGGCAACGGAGGUCAUGUUGGUGUUAAUCUCUGGCGGCACCGUCACACGCCUCUUUGGAACAAUAGUAAUAUCAUCAGUUCAAAGCUUGGCUGUGGAGAAAUUCUCUGGCCAAUUGUGUGCGUGUCUAGAUGAUCAGGAGAUCAGACCUGAUUGCAUAAGGAAUCAACACAGCCCUGCGAACUAGAAGCUUGAUCUCAUAUAAACAAGGAUGCUAUGGAGUGAGCUUGUUUGCAUCUGCAAUAUAAAUUCGAUGUACAAUUUUACAGAAUUUUUGAAUGCAAACUGAGGGUGACUUCUAAUUAGGAGGGAUGAACGGUGGUGCUUUCAAUGGACAAAUAUUGGCAGAUAAGCUUACCAAGUUGAACAACUCACAACAGAGUAUUGAGACAUUAUCACAUUGGUGUAUUUUUCAUCGGAAGAAAGCAAAGCAAGUUGUGGAAACAUGGGAUAGACAAUUUCAUUGUGCUCCCAGGGAGCAGCGGGUUCCAUUUUUGUAUCUUGCCAAUGACAUCUUGCAAAACAGUAGGCGAAAAGGUUCAGAAUUUGUGGGCGAGUUUUGGAAGGUUCUUCCUGGAGCUCUAAGGGAUGUGUUUGACAAGGGGGAUGAACAUGGAAGAAAUGCAGCGAUGAGAUUGGUUGAUAUUUGGGAGGAAAGAAAAGUAUUUGGGUCUCGUGGUCAGAUCCUUAAGGAGGAGCUGAUAAACAGAAGUUCUCUUCUGCCCUCAGAUAACAAUACAAACAGUGGGAAAAAUUUACACUCCAGUAAAUUAAAACUGCCUGCUGGAAGUGCUUUGGAAAAGAUAGUGUCAGCCUAUCAGGCUGUUCAGGAUGGGCAUCUGGAGGAGGAUGCUGUUUUGAGUAAAUGCAAGGCUGCUGCCAGCUGUGUUGAGAAGAUGGAAAAAGACCUUCAGGAUGGCUUGAAACUUGGAGAUAUGCAUGAAUCAAAUGUAUUAGAGGAAUUGCGGGAACAAGAUAAUGUUUUAAGGCAAUGCAUUCAACAGCUAUCAAGCAGUGAAAUGACGAGGGCAGCUCUUGUCUCUCAGCUAAGAGAGGCUCUUCAGGAAGAGGAGUCUAAGUUGGAGCAAGUUCAUUCUCAAUUACAGCUUAUGUAUUUUCAGGUUGCACAGUGUCAAUCAGAGCAGGCAGGUAGUAUAUGCCAGCAAAUGAUGAACAAUAAGAACAUGGGACAGUUGCUGUCCCGGCAGAGUUUUGCUGAUAACAAUAUGUUUUCUGAUAUGUCUUCAAGUCUCCUUCAUGAAAAUCAAUUGAGAGGAGAUAAAGUACAAGUAGCCCCUGGUGUUCCAAUGCAGACCAUAUCUCCCUUUGCAGAGAAUGUAGCACAAAUUGAUGAAGACCAUAAAAAGGCUGCGGCUGCUGUUGCAGCAAAAUUGGCAGCUUCAACCUCAUCUGCACAAAUGCUUUCCUAUGUGUUAUCAUCUCUUGCAUCAGAAGCUGCUUCUAUGAGCAGUGGUUUGAGAACAAGUGCUGCUCCAGUUGGACUUCCAACAGAUUAUCCUCCAGAGAAAAGGCCAAAAACUGAACAGCAACAUUCUAAUUCAGAAGACAGCUUGCCUUACAUGGUUCAUCCUUCCCCUGCUCUGCCUCAGAGUAAUUCAAUGAGAUUACAGGUUACUCCUGCAUCACAGCAAGUGUCUCCCUUGCAGCAUCAAGCGUCUCCUUCCAACUUGCAGCAUCAGUCAAUGAAUAUUCAGCACCAGACAUCUCCUUCAAAAGGACAUCAUCAGGUAUCAUCUCCUUUGCCAACUCAAGAUUCUUCUUCAAUGUCUCAUCAAAUGUCUCCUCUUCAACCUCAACAUCAACCUCAACCUCAGCCUCCACCUCCACCACCAAUGCAGUACAUGGAAGGUGUAGGUAGUAUGAUGGGAAUGCCUUAUGGGUAUGGAGGGGGUGGCAUACGACGACCACCACCAUUACCUGGGUAUCCAAUGCUUGGACUGCCUCCCCCAGGAACACCACAUUACUCGAUACCUCCUAAUCCUUACCAAUCAUUUCAACCAGCUGACAUUAAUUUCUACAAUCAGCCACCCUUGCCAACUGCUCCACCAAUUUCUCGGCAAUAAAUGCUGCAAAUCAAUAGACAUCUUGAAACUGCAGUAAUGUAACUAGAUAAUGUAGCUUGAUACAAAUAUCUUCCUGCCUGUGUGGAUUUAAUACAUUCACAAUUGUUGUAUUUGCAGUCUCACUUAAGUGGGCUGCCCGAUCUUAGGAUUGUAGUAUCAUUCCUAAGAAAUAGUCAGGAACUUUGUACAUGCUCAGGAUUCAAGAGUUUAUUUUUCUGAAUUUAAUUUAAAUGAAUAUAUCCUCGAAGUUUCUCAUUAAACAACAAUAAUAUGCAUCACAUUUCUGCAGAUUGCAGACCAGAUUGUUAAUAGAAGUUUAGAUUAUGGAAUUUUAUUGUUCAGGUGUUUUAAGAAAACAGUAGAAACGAAAAGAUGCUAAAAGUUGUAACUAA